AAAAAUCUCAGUCAACAUUUAGACAUCCGCUUGUGGAGCGUAGCGGGAAAUCUUUGGACCUGAUAACAUGUGUCGAGCACUAGAACAUCUGCCCAUCACCUGUCUGGAAAGGGCAAAGGAGUUUAAGGCUCGAUUUGGAAAUUUGCUGAAGCAAGAGUUGAAUAUAAUGGGCCACUCCAAAAAAACAGACAAACUGUUAUUGGAGGACAGACAGUCUUUUCACGAACUGCUGCUUCACAAAGAUGGACUGUGCGCUUUCACAACAUUCCUGUCAUCUGAAUACAGUGAAGAAAAUAUCGCUUUCUAUUUGGCCUGCGAGGACUUCAGGAACACAAAGAGCUCUUCGAAACUGUGCGCAAAGGCCAAGAAAAUCUAUGAGGAGUUUAUCUGCUCUGACGCACCAAGAGAGGUUAACCUUGAUCAUGAAACCAGAACCGUCACCUUGAAGAAUAUGGAGCAGCCCACAUCCUCCUGCUUCAACUUCGCCCAGAGUAAAAUUUACACCCUCAUGGAGAAAGACUGUUACCCUCGUUUCCUCAAGUCUGCAGUCUACCAGGAACUCAUUACACAACACAUGAGGUAAACUACCCGUGGCUGAUCUAAAGACCGCAGCACGGGAAUGCGUCCCAGAUAAACACGCCAUUUGUGUGACAUGAUGGGCGGUGAACGAUCUGAACCUGGGCUUUCGAGAAGUUCAGCGGUGGACACACGGUGGACUCAUAAUGCCAGAGUCAGACCUGAAUACCUCGGGCAUUAGAGGACAUUGAUUCUCAGAUAUGAAUACAGUAUGGAGCACACAAGGACAAUCAAGUUCAUAGCACUGGAUAAAUACUGUGGAAGUGGAACUACUUUGCACAUUUAUGUCUUUUUGUAUGUGUGUGUGUGUGUGUGUGUGUGUGUGUGUGUGUUUUGAGUAUUUAUUGAAAUGUUAUAUUGAAACUAGUAUUAUUUAUAUUUGAUGAACAAAUGUUAGGUUAUUUAUUGAAUUCUGAGUGAACAAAAAACUUGAAUAAAUUUUUUA